AGAUCUGGGUUUUCCUACUCAUUCUCUACCAACCUUCCUCCUUCCUUUCCUUGCUCAUCCUUCUUCUUUAUUCUUCUUAUUCUUUUUCUAUCUCUCUUCUCCCUUCUUCUUACUCUCCAAAUCUGGGUUUUUCUCAAACCCAGAUCUGGGUUUUUGUAGAGCUAUAACUUUUGUAGGUAGCAGUGAAUUGAUCUACAACGGAUUCGAGAUCAGGCGAGGGAAGGCAGUGGCAAAUGCCGAUAACGGCGAGGAUCUUCCGAUUGGACUGAAAUCCUUCAAUGGUUUUCUUUUCAAUAGAAAAAAAAAAUACUUGAUCUUUUCUUCUCUACCCUUCACUCGUUUAUCUUUGAAUUUUUUUAGUUUCUUUAGCUGCUUCUUCUUCUUGUCGUUGUAUAAAAAAAUCCAAGAAAUCUCGGUUUCUUUGAUACCCAUCUCACCAAACAUGAUUCGUCAAACUUUGAUGAGAUUGACGCCGGUGAACGAGCAGACAUAGCCACUUCUAUUCGCGGACGACAGUACUAAGUCAUCGAUAUCAUCGUUGAGGGCGACAAAAGGGAGGAGGUUUGCAGAUGUGGUGGGUGCAGAGACGGCAGAGUGCGCGGCGUGUUUGCUAUUGUUGUUCGUGCACGAUGAUGGAGCUACUGGUGCUGGGGUUCUACAAGGUACCCACGGGGUUGUGCAAGAAGGUGUGGAAGAAGAGGAAACAUCGACAAAUCUUGAAGAUGAAGAAACAGGGGGUGAUGGGGGAGGAAAUAAGAAGGAGCUGGAUGCAAAGGCGGAUCAGGUGGCAACGAAGAUCCAAGAAAUGUAGAGUUUGUCUCAAGCCCCGACUGGGUUUGUUUUGAUGAAGAAGCGGCAACAGUCGAAGCAGCAAUAGCAGCAGCUAAAACUGAUGAGUGGAAGAAAGCAUGGAGGCUCAUGAAAAAAACCAAAGUAAUCUCCACUUAAUGAGUUUCCAUCAUUGGGCAAAUCUGUGUUUGUUUUGGAGAGGAAGAAAAAUCAAUAAGAGAGAGAAAAGAAUAAAAAAAGGAGAUGAAGUUCAUAUUUUUUGUCUUUAGUUUUGAAAAAUUAUGAAAUAAUAAUAAAAAAUGUUAAAUUUU